AUGCUGAGUUAUGAGAAGGAAGGCAAGGAGAUCACCAUGGAGGCUGUGGGAUUGCAGGAGAUGAACUUUGAGGACGUGGCCAUCACCUUCUCUGAGGAGGAGUGGCGGCUCCUUGAUGAGGCUCAGAGACUUCUCUACUGCAAGAUGAUGGUAGAAGCUUUUGCCCUGGUCUCAUCUAGAGUUCACACUGGAGAAAAACCAUAUAACUGUAACGAAUGUGGGAAAUCAUUUAGGCACAAUUAUGAGGUCUGUAUCCACAAGAGAGUUCACACUGGAGAAAAACCAUAUGAGUGUAUUGACUGUGGGAAGUCCUUCAGCAAUAGGUCUAAUCUCAUUCAACACCACAGAGUUCACACUGGAGAAAAACCUUACAAAUGUAGUGAAUGUGGAAAAUCAUUUAGGCGCAAUUAUGACCUCUUUAUCCACAAGAGAGUUCACACUGGAGAAAAACCAUAUGAGUGUAGUGAAUGUGGGAAGUCUUUUCAUAGAAAUUCUCAACUCACUAAUCACAAGCGAGUUCACACUGGAGAAAAACCAUAUAACUGUAGUGAAUGUGGAAAAUCAUUUAGGCGCAAUUAUGAGCUCUGUAUCCACAAGAGAGUUCACACUGGAGAAAAACCAUAUGAGUGUAGUGACUGUGGGAAGUCCUUCAGCAAUAGGUCUAAUCUCAUUCACCACCACAGAGUUCACACUGGAGAAAAACCUUACAAAUGUAGUGAAUGUGGAAAAUCAUUUGGGAGCAAUCAAAACCUCUUUACCCACAAGAGAGUUCACACUGGAGAAAAACCAUAUGGGUGUAGUGAAUGUGGGAAAUGUUUUCGGCAAAAUUCCAAUCUCAUGCAACACCAGAGAGUUCACACUGGAGAAAAGCCGUAUGAGUGUAGUGACUGUGGGAAGUCCUUCAGCAGCAGCUCUAAUCUCAUUCGACACCACAGAGAGAUGAACUUUGAGGACGUGGCCAUCACCUUCUCUGAGGAGGAGUGGCGGCUCCUUGAUGAGGCUCAGAGACUUCUCUACUGCAAGAUGAUGGUAGAAGCUUUUGCCCUGGUCUCAUCUGAAGUGUCUGGGAGUCAUGAUUGUUGCAAAAAGCUUAAUGGGCCCAAGCUUGUCUAUGUCCACAUGCAUGGCUUCCACUUCUGCACCAUUCCUCCAGCUAAAGGCUCUUUGUGA